AUGUUUGGCGGCGUCAUUUUCUUCCUGGUUUGGCCUUUUGAUCAUUAUUUGUUUUUAAAAAAAAAUGUUCCUUUUUAUCGAACCUCAUUAAGCCCGAUAACUAGGCCGUUAAAUAAGAAAAAAUUUUCUACGUUUGAACGAAGAUUUUUUUUCUUCAGCUUCCAUAGUUUGGAUUGAUAUAUUCCUUACCAGGGAAAGUUUUUUACACCCCGAUCGAACUUUUGCUGAAAAUUUGCUGAAGUGUACUUUGGGACCCCCUGAUUGCAGAUCAAGAAAAAAAAUUUUCGCAAUAGAUCUUGUUUCCGAGUUAUGAAGCUUCAAAGUGGGCAAAACACGCAAAUUAGGCCAAAAAAGCGCUAUUUGGGGUUUUCGAAGUGUCCUAACUCGAAAACGAGAUCUAUUGCGAGAAAUUUUCUUUUUGUUCUGGAAUCAGGGGGUCUUAAAAAGUACACUUCAGCAAAGUUUCAGCAAAAGUUCAACCGAGGCGUAAAAAACGUCCCCUCGUUAGAAGGACAUGGUCGCACGUGGAAUGACUCGGAGCGAAUUCAUGGAGAGUCAGUUUGAACUCAAAAAAAGAUUUCAACUUUUUCUCGUUUUCUCAUUCCAAACGAUUUGAUAGUGAAAAAGUUUUAAUUCAAAUCGGGAUAAAAUAUAACGGUGAAUCAACUUCAAAACCACCUCUGACGUCAUUAAUUUUGCAAAGUCGUAAUUUUUGUUUUUUCAGCUGAGUCUUAUCGGCGUGCUUAUCAACGCAUUCCUGUUGUUUUUGUUCUUGUCGGACCCUGCCUUCAGCGGCGAUUUCUACAAACUCUGCGUUUCGAAAACGAUCAGCAAUUUGGUCGUCCUCUUGACACACCUUCUUUGGGUCGCGCCGUGUAGUAUAUUGUCAGUUUUGCAAGCUGUAAUUUUUUUAUUUUCCGAGAAAAGCUGCGAAGGAUCAAAGAAGUUUUUCAGUAGUACAGGUGGUGCGGUUCAACAAAACAUUUCCAAAAAUUUUUUGAGAUCGUCUCGCACUUUUGAAAUAACCCUCAAGCUUCUGUGAACUCACCAUGGGACAUUUGGAAAGAAAAUCCGCUUUUGGAAUGACUCGAAGCGGCGCUGUCGCGUAGCGGCACAGAGACCGAACUACAAUUGAGUUGUUUCCGACGACCGUUUAUCUUUGAGCCAUUCAACGUGCAACCAUGGACUUCGGAAUGAGGGCGAACAGAGAAAAUUAUAAAUACGGAUAAUUUUUUAAUUUUUAAAAUCCUUUUUGUACUUACGAACAAAAUUUCAAACAACCUUGUAGGAGAGACGUAUUUUGAAAUGAGAAAAGUCUUAAAACUGAAAAAUCAUAAACUUUCAGGAAUUCCUACUAUAUCAGCAGUAUCGAUUUCAACUUGUUCGUCAGCCAAAUUGGCGCCGUUUCUUUUUAUUUCUUAGGUUUGAUUGGAAAAUUUCCGUUGUCCCAAUAGAAAGAGCUAUAAACGUAACAGAUGAGAAGCGGUAGGUCUAAAUUCUUUUUUUUCCGACCCGAAACGACUUGCUCACGCCGACAUAGAUUAGCAUCAGUAGACCGUUUUGAUAAGAAACUAAGAAAAUCCUAUUUUUGCUCAGAUUCAAUCGAUGUUCGAUACGUUCGUAAAAUUUUGAAAAAUCUCAACUUUCUUCGAUCCGCCUAGAAUUUCCAGGUGGAUUAACUCAAAUUUGUAUGGCUUCCAAUAGAUUCCUCAUCACUGCGUUUCCUUCAAAAAUUGGUCAACAAAAAAGGACGCGAUAUUCAAUGGUAAGUUUGAUAUCAUUCAAAAGUAACCGAUAAAAACGUUUUGGAAAGGAAAAAUUUUGAAGCGAAAAUGCAAGAACGAGAGAUUAAUGGCGGCAUGAAAAGACUCCAGACAACGAAAGGUUAUCCAUUUCUCUGGCGUCUCUUCUGGCCGCCGAUGAUCUCUCGCAUUAUGGGACCCGUUCCGCGCUCAAUUCCCCCUCACCGGCGAGGCCGUAUUGUUUGUUUAUUGCAUCUUCAAUGUAAGAAUACAUGUGCAAUCGACUUUCAUUGAUUUCAACUGUGUUUAAACGGCGGCAGGAGCUGUGGCUUAAGCAGAGAAGUUGUGAAUUUCGCUCGUAGAGCAUCAGGUACAAGAGAGGUCGUAGGAAGAGUUACGGUGCCGGCUUUCCAAAGGCCGAUGCCAGAGAUUGAGCCUUUUCGCUGCAUGCAGCUCCCAAUAUUAUCUACCCCGGAGGGAUGAAAGGCUUGGUCGACCUCGGGGGGACUCGAACCUACGACCUUGCGGACGUUAGAAAUGAGUCUUUACCAGCUGAGCUAUGCCGCCCCUAGAGGCCGUAUAAACAAGAAAAAAGCAUAUUAACACGAGAGCGCCGUUGAGGGGAAAAAGAGCUCAGAAAAAAUCAGAUUCCUUAAAAGUCGUGACGAAUCGAGUUUACGACAGUUGGAGGUGAAUAGCUAUUUUUUUCAGACCAUGCUCGGAAUUUCGUGGAUUUUAGCACUCCUAUCGAUCGCGGCUUGUUUUUUAGGUUUCAAUUUCUUUUGAAAACGACACAGUUCUCAGAGAGCGUUUUUUCAGCCAGAAUCGCCAUAUUCUAUGAUUUACAUACACUGGGCUAUCAAUCGAGUGAUAAAGACCAUGCGACGACUUUUUUCGCGACUCAACUCAUUACAUUUCUCAUCACCAGUGCGAUUUCGUGUUCGAUAAAUGCGUGCACGACUGUCAAUCUUCUGAAAACGGGGGUCAGGGAUAAGAAAAAAAAAUUCGGGAGGAGAAAUAGAGCUAUAAAGUUUUGGAACGUUACUUCAAAAAUGUCCAUGAUUGUAUAUAAUAAGCUGGAUGAUUACUUGAGGAUUAUUUCCUGUUUAACACACGUUCUCUGAGAUUUUCGAAAAUACGUUGGUACAAUAACUUUCAAGUUUGUUUUUUUGAGCUGAAGUUCAUGUCACAUAUACUAUGCGACCUUCUUAACACAUGACACCCGGUUUUGACAGGCUCCGCCCACUUUCAGGGUUAUGGUGGAGAAAAUACCGUAAAAAGCUAACUUUUUUCCUGGUCGAGCAAAUCGGUUCAAACCAACUGUAACGCAAAGAGCACGUCAUUUUGAACAUUUUUCAUGUUGGAAACUACUCUGGAAAAAAUUUUCUUCUUGUGGAAAAAAAUCGCUGAAAGUUGAAAAAUGACGAGGUUAUGUAGUAUCUCUGAUAGCAAAACGAGCUCUGAGGAAGUAACUUGAAAUUCUUGUACCAAGACAUUUCUCAGUUCAUCGAUUUUCUCGGAGAACGUGUGUUAAUCCGAAAACGUAUUUUCCUACAUUUUCCCUACAUUUAUCCCGUGAAUUUUAGGACUUGUGAGUGAGAAUAAAAACACCCGAUUUGAUUGAAUAAACUUGAAAAGGUUGAUUAUAUUUAUCAUCCUUCGUUAAAAAAACUCAUCUCCUUACGGUUAGGAAUCAUCUAAACCGUCAUUAAAGUGUUCCAAUCCGGUGCGCAACUCUAGGGACCACUCAGCUCUCUUUGAACCGAAUCUAAUCACAAAAAAAAUGACAAAAAAAAUGUCAAGUUGCUCUUGCAUUUAACAGAUUAAGAAGUUUCUUUUUUUUGAGAAGAAAGACUUCGAGUUUAUUUUUUUAAUUCUCAUAAUCGAGUAGAGCAAAGAUCGAAUACAUAGGUUUUUCAUUGAAGGUCAGCGGCCUGGCAACAGAUGCAAGUAUGAAAAGAAGAAAACGGAACUUUCGUCUUUUUAUUCAGGUUUGUUCGAUUUUCAAAAGCAAAAUUUUUUAAUUAAAAAAAUUUUAAAUUUUAACUGAAUGAGUUGACAUUUUCUAAUCUUUUUAAUCCUCCAUCUUUAUCUGAAAUCCGAUCGAAUAGAGGAGAUUUUUCAAAAUUCCUUUAAACGAGCGAGAAACUCGAUAGAUCGGCAUGGAAUUCUUCUCGUUGGAACUUCUCGUAUAUCAGAAUGUUUCAGAACGUUUUUCAAGACGCCAUACCCCUGAUCGACGUGAUCAACACAUUCGCCAUGAACUUUGUUACUGGCUCCUUAUUUGCAACCUUCUCAUCAACCUUCACGUUGAUUCUCGUCCAUGUUCUCGAUGGGUUAAUUUCAUUUCUUUUUCUAGCCAAAAGCUCUAGAAGUGCCUCUAUUUUUUUUUCGAGAAUGAAAUAGUUGUAAGUCCAGAUUUUCGAUAAAUCAAAGACCUUUUUUUCCCAAACUUUAUAGACAAUAAUUUGAUUCAAAUCCUCAUAAUUAAAAAAACGCGAUUAAAUGUAUUGAAAAUUACCUAAGUGUCCACUCAGGUUGUCAUAUUCAAUUGCUCACUGUAGAGACUCACAUGUCAGCUCUCUUUCCAGUACCAAAAAAAUGGUACCGCGAAAAAAUUAUAAGCACUUUUUAAUGAGUCGAGAUUUCUCAAGUAAGAUUCAAAUCAAUAUGUAAAUAAAGCGCAUUUUUUUAUCUCUAAACUUUUGCUUGCUUUUUCCUGGUAAGUGAAAACUCCAGCUAUACGGAAACGUAAAGCUCUGCAAGAUCAAAUUUUCUCAAAAAGUUGGAUCUUAGUGAUAAAGUCCUUUCCUUUCAGACUCACGAUGUUCAUUUUUUCCUGGCCAAGUUGGGUUGCGAGGAAAACAAGCGUCCUUCGAGUGACUGCCGCCAGCUCGACGCAUUGA